AUGGAUGAUGUGGACUCUUCAGUAGGGGAGUUGCAUUUGGAGCAGUGGAUCGAUAUCCACCAAGUUUGUCCGCACUCCGAAGCUCUGCUGCGACUCAGCUCCUUGAUCACGGCGCCCACCGCGGCACAGGGCAUUGCCAGCCAGGGUCUUCCGCCACGUUCUACGAACCUCGGGAACGAAGUCGACGACUUUUCGCAAAAGCGCUUCGCCUUCAUCCGGUACGCGGCCUUCAACGUCUACCGUCGGCUCUUCAGCCUCGCCUUCACCGGCAAUGCCAUCGCCUUCAUCGUCCUCAUGGUCAAGGGCGCCUCCCCGCUCGACCUAGUCAACGCCUUGGCCGUCAACCUGGCCGUCUGCGGCCUCUGCCGCCACCCGCUAGUCGUCAACUCGCUGUUUCUCAUCCAUGGCUUCAUCCUGGCGCUUCUGCUGGCCAUCAUCGUCGUCGCCCACCCCGUCUUCCGCGCCAAACGCCACGGCUGCUUCGAGCUCACCCACCGCUUCGCCAACUGGGCGGUCCUGGUCAUCUUCUGGGUGCUUGUCUUCCUCCCCGGCUCACAGGAACCGUCCCUCUCCACGUUCCUGCUUCACCUCCCGGCCUUCUGGAUCCUCAUGCUGCUGACGCUCGCCAAAAUGCUCCCCUGGUUGCUGCUCCGGCGCGUCCCUGUCACUGCGGAGCCGCUCUCCCCGCACGCCACCCGCCUUCACUUCUCCUACACCACACACAGCUUUGCGAGCGUCACGGACCGGCUCGACUCGCCCGUCACCAACUUCUCGUGCCUGGUAUCCGGGGCGGGCGACUGGACGCGCCAGGCCAUCGCGGAACCACCCAAGUACCCCUGGAAGCGGGGCUUGCCGACGUACGGGUUCGGCUACGUGUUCCGCAUGUUUGAGCGCAACGUCGUCGUGACGAGCGGGUCGCGUAUCGGGCUGUGUCUGUCCCCGCUCACGAUGUAUGGUCGGCAGACGCUAGAUCUGAUCCGGCGGGUGGACGGGGAGCCUGUGGUGAUUGACACGUCGGUUUUAGGCCGACUGGAUAUGCUGCCGAUCAUGUCGAGCCUGUACAGGGAGUUUGGGGCCGACGCGGUGUGUGUGGUUAGCAAGCCGCAGCUGACCAAACGUUUGGUGAAUGCGCUUUAGACGAGGGGGUUUGCGGUGUACGCGCCGAUCCUUGACAGUGGGUGCGGAUAACUGGCCGAUGGGUCUGACGAAAUGCGGGGGGAUAAGGCUUGAUCUCGAAUUUGCUAGGCUUGGAGUUCGGGGUACAGCAGCUCAUCGGGUCUUGACGGCACUGGCUGAGAAUGGCGUGAUUCUAAGCUGUCGGGGAGUCCGUA